AUGUAUACGCGAGGCGAUCAGGGACAUUCAACAAUAAUUCUAGAAGUUGUUGCGUCUCAAGACCUAUGGAUUUGGCAUGCUUUCUUUGGUAUUCCUGGUUCGAAUAACGACAUCAACGUUCUACAAAAUUCGAAGGUUUUCGACGAUGUUAUAAAAGGGGUCGGUCCUGAUACGAGUUUUAUAGUUUCGGGCGUGGAGUACAGACGCGGGUAUUAUCUUGCCGAUGGAAUAUACCCACAAUACUCUACAAUAGUUAAAACGGUUAGGCAUCCUGCGGAUGAAAAAAGAAAGAAAUUUGCCAAGUUUCAAGAAGCGGCUAGAAAAGAUAUUGAACGGUGUUUUGGGGUUCUCCAACAAAGAUGGCAUAUUAUUGAAAACCCAGCACGCGCUUUUACACCCAAAACGUUGCGAUACCGUAUGUAUGCUUGUAUUUUGCUGCAUAACAUGAUCCUCGAAGACGAAGGACAUGCAAUUUGUGAGUAUGACGAGAACGCGGUGGAGGAGAAUAAUGUUCCGGUUAGCGGAGAACAACAAGAUUUGAACAGGUUCUCGUUACAUAACGAUUUCACACAUGUCAAUCUUCAAUCAGACUUGAUUGGUCACAUUUGGAGUCUCGGAGAAAACAAUGCGUAG